AUGGGAGACUCGUUGGACCAAGGGCGCCCGGCCAAGCGCAUCAAGCUGGCGCCACACCCGCAGCCCUCGCAUCCGCACUCUCAAUCCCAGGAUCACACUCGCCAGCGGACGCUCCGGCCUGCGCCAGACCCUGCGGAGGCGGCUGCUACGGCUGCUGCAGUUCCUGCCUUUCAUGUUAUCCCUUCUGCCAGUGGCGCCCGUGGUGGCCGCCGUGUCCGUCGCCGUGUCCGCAGCCGUGGGGGCGGCCGUGCCGCCGCCUCCGGCACUGGGGCGUCCCGGCCCCCUUCACAAGUGCCGGUUGACGCGGGCUCCUCUCCGGCCUCGACUGAAUCAUCGUCUUCUUUGAUUUCGACGUCGACACUGCCUUGGCCGACGCAAGAGCAAAUUCAUAUGGCAGCAGAAGCAGUAGACAGGCCAAUCGAAAUGACAUUGAUACCUUUGGACAAUGUACGGCCGCCUGUGGAGAUCGAUCUUGUAUCGUCAGACAAUGGCUCUUCGAGCAAUUCCAUUUCCCCGGAGCGAGAAUCCCAGUCGCCCCAAGAUCUGUUUGUCUCAGCCAGUGUUGAGCAGGUCGUAUCUUCCCAAGCUGAACAGGGGCACAACUCCUCCCAACUCGAAUCACGGUCACAUAGAUUCGUCAGUCCGUUUAAAGAUUGUGUAUCAAGCUAUGUACAAGCGUCCCGGCGCUUCAGUCGCCCUUCGGAUGGUACAGUCAAUUCAUACAUCAAAUUUAACUGGCCACAGCGCAGAACGCAGGGCGGACGCUCGUCUUCUGUAUCGGUUGCCGCUCAGCCUGGCAAUGAUGCUGAUGAUGACCAAGUGGAGGAGAUCAUCAGACCUUCAACUCAGUCAUCAUCUUCUUUGGUUGCUUCUAAUCGCCACUCACAUCAGUACGCAAAACAACUAUCACAAGCUACUGCGAUUUUGUUAAACUCUCAGAGACGAUCCGACCGCUCGCUGUCUUUCUCAGACGGCACAUUGCCGUCUGCAGGGUCGAGCUACUCUGUCACAUCCCCUUCUGCUCAUCCGUGGAGCUCCCACGGUUGGGCUAGCCAUUCAUCAUCUCAAGCUCCUCGCAUGUUACCGUCACAUUUUGGGCUGGUUUCGAAAAUGGAUAAGAUAGAUAGGCAGCUUUGGGCAUUUUAUAUCAGGAAUUGGUGUCCUGGCCGGAGUAUUCUGGGCAAAACAAACUCAUGGUUGCAGGAUUUUGCCCCCAUGGAGGGGAACGACGGCGUGCUGUACGCGAUGCAGAGCCUCGCCGGCAUAUAUGUUUACGACUAUCAGCCACUGGAAGAAAUAAGUCGUCGCAUUAACCUUCAGUUUGCAAAGGCAGAGGCGCGUCUGAGCCAAUUACUCGCUAAAACGAAUCCUACUAUUGAAGAAACCAGCGAGCUGAUCACCAUUACUUCUAUCUUAUCGAUGCAAGACAUUGUCUAUACUGAGCGCCGUCGUAAGCGACCUCAGUCUCCGCGUUGGCUGGAAGGCUUCAAGCAAUGCGAGCAUUUCCUCGAGUCAAUCGACGAAGGGUCGCGAUUCUGGUCACCGUCCAAUGUCCAGUCGUCCUCCCUUCGUAUCUCCCAGUCAAUCAUUGUCGGCAGAGCUGUCGUCCUUUCGCAGAUCAUGACGCCGCUCAAAUCUCCAUAUACCUUUGAUCCACAGAAAGAGUCCUCUCGCUUCGGCUGGCUCCUCUACGGCAACAUGGAGGACAUGUAUGAGAUUCAUGGCGGAUGCGGCUUCUCCAAGAAGUUGCUUCAUUCCCUGAGCCAAAUCUCAUACCUCGCCGCGCGUCUUUAUCAGGACCCUGAAAGUCCAGUCGCUCCGCUCACUGCCCGGUUUCUGCUCGCGGAGCUGCUCCAAAUGAGGCAAUGGAGCAGCGCCCCCGAUGCCGCGCCUUGGGAACAAGCCAAAGAUCAACCGCAGACCAUUGAAAUGGUGCGUGCUGCUCCCGAAGGCUAUGUUAUUGAGAGCGCAUGCCACAUGACAGAAGUCACUGCGGAAGCCUGGAGAAUUGCCGCUAUAAUCUAUCUCCAGUGCCGUGCUCUAAGAAAGCCCCGGAAUCACCCAGAGGUGUUGAAUAAUUUAAGCGAUCUUGCCAAAUGUAUAAACAUCAUGCCAACUUCAGGCUACAACUUCACUGCACAAGCACCUCUAUUUCCAGUCUUCCUUCUAGGAAUGCUUGCUACAGAUCCUGGGCACGCUUCCGUUGCGCAGACGUGGUUUGAAAAAGUCACCAGCACGCCAGUAAGAAGUAGCGUUCCUCCACUUUAUGAAGCAUUGAAACGGAUCUGGACGUGGAUUGACUCUGAUCCCAACUUGAAGCCACCUGCCAAAGGAAAGCUCGAUGAAGAUGUCGGCAAAAGAAUACCAUGGUGGGAGCAUCUAGUCAGACGCGUGCAAGACCACGAGUCCGAGAUUUUGUGCUUGACCUAA